UGUAGUUGCAGCAUAAAUUUGUUGAAGAGAGAGAGAGGGGGAUGGCAAAAAAGGAAGCAAAUAUGGGGCAGAGCAGCCCGAGUCAACUCGCCAGGACCUUACUGAGUCGCGAAGCCGAGUCCAAAUAUCCCCCACCCAAAAACAAACACACACAAAAAUUUCACACACACACACCACAUAUACAAACAGGCGUGAAAAAAAUGGAGAAGAAAUUGGGAGUCUUCUUUACUACUACUAUAGUAACCCCAUAUCAACAACAACGCCACCCCCCUCUCUCUAUCUUCUCUAACCCUAACGCAAACACCCAAACACCCCUUUACUUCCCUUUCUCUUUCUCUUUCAACGCUUUUGCGUAUCCAUCUGCUUCGCCGACUCCGUUGUCUCUUUUUUCCCUCCAAAUUAUACAAUUACUGUUUUCCCUUCGUCUCUCCGCCUUCGCUCGCUCCGUUGUUUCGCCUUCUCUCCUUGGAGACCUUUGAUGCUCUUGAGAGAUUUGUAUACUUCAACCUGAUUUGAAUCUUAAUUGAAACGUGUACCGCUGUUGACAUUGGAAUCUUGUGAAAUGGAACAAUCUAGAGGCCCACCAAUGGACGGUACGGGGGCUUCUAUUAAAAAGAAGAGAAGCCAAACAUCACGUCGACCUAGACCUGAAGGGCAACCACACCCUGAUCAAUCUCCUCUAUCGGUGGCACCAGUUUCAGAUGAUAUGAGUAAGGUCUCUAGUGAUGAGAACAUUGGCGAUGGAAACUCUGGGGGGAAAAUGUUCAAUUUGAGUCAGUGUGUGUCGAGGUCCUUACCUGUUGGUGGAUCAAAUGGUACUGUAAGUAAUGGUACGUGUGAUGGAGCAGGAAGUGAGAAUAGACCGAAAAAAGUUAAGCUGAAGGUUGGUGGCGUGACACGCACACUUCAGACUAAAUCUAGUUCUAAUGGUGAAUCAGGCAGUGGGUCUACGGCAAAAGCCAGUCAAUCCUCUGAUAAUGCUCGGCCACGACAGAGGCUGAUCCCACAGGAAAGUUCGGAUGAAUACCAUUCCCCACCUCUCAAUAAGAAAAGCACCUUGAAAGGCGUCCCGUGGAAAGAUUUCUCGAAAAGUAGUUUCACUUUUGCAAGGGAUGAGAUGGGGCGGGCAUCGGCAAAAAAUGCUAAUGAGAAGCAUGGAGAUAAGUCAGAUUCAGUUCGUAAGAGCAGAAGGGUUCCUAAGAAACGAGUUUUAGAUGGGGAAUUUGAUGAAGAUGACGAAGAUGAUGAGAUAAGGUACUUGGAGAAACUGAAGACUUCAAGGAUGGCUGGAUAUAAGGAUUUGGAGGCACAGUCAACCAGAAAAUUGCAGAAGGGCGUGAAGAAUGAAAAUACAGAAGAUGUUGAAAGGCGAGAUUCCAGGAAACCCAGAUCUGGAGACACGGACUAUGAAGAGGAAGAUGAAGUUUCCUCUGAUGGCAAUGCUGAAGGGAGGAACAAGAAAAAACAAAAGAGGGAUCUGGCAGAGUUACCAUCAGAAAACAAAAGGGAGAUAGCUCUGACAACUCGUCAACGAGCCCUUCUAAGCAAGGAUGCCCCAGAGGCAGGUGCAAGUCAAAUUGAGUUCCCAAAUGGGUUACCACCAGCUGCACCUCGAAAACAAAAGGAGAAAUUAACGGAAGUAGAGCAACAACUGAAGAAGGUGGAGGCUGCUCAGAGGCGUAGAUUGCAGAACGAGAAAGCAGCUCGCGAAUCAGAGGCAGAGGCGAUCAGAAAAAUACUCGGUCAAGAUUCCAGUAGGAAGAAAAGAGAAGAGAAGAUGAAGAAGCGCCAGGAAGAAUUGGCACAGGGGAAAGCGACAAAUGCUCAAAUGCUUACGACAAACACCAUUAGGACAGUCAUGGGGCCUACCGGGACUACUGUCACAUUCCCUCAAGACUUGGGCUUGCCCAGAUUUUUUGACUCCAACCCUUGCAGCUACCCACCUCCGAGGGAGAAAUGUGCUGGCCCAUCUUGUACCAAUGCUUACAAGUACCGUGAUUCAAAGUCGAAGCUUCCUCUUUGCAGUCUGCAAUGCUACAAGGCUGUUAAUGAAGAGAUGCAUACUGAGAAGGCUUGCUGAAAUUGUCUCUCUUUUAUCAGUUUUAUUCCGAGAAUUUCCUGCAUUUGAUGAGGUUCAAGAGAUGUGGGGUGAUUUUGCUCUCUCUCUCCAAGUUUCCUUUCUCAAAGGUUGAAAAAGUAGGCUCUGUAAUUGGUCCUUGGCAAAGAUUUUGUAAUUUUCUGGAAACUUUCAUUUGAUCAAUCGGAAAUCAUUAUGUUUCUGCUA